AUGUCUAAAAAAUUAAAACCGAUUAAUUCUCCAAGAUCUCGAGCGCCGAUUGACGAAGAAGGCGUGAUAUGUUGGGAUAUUCUAAAUGAGGUAGAAGAGCAGCAACAAGGCAUAGAUAAUAAAAACACUUACAAUAUACAAGUACUUGAACCUAAAAUAAAAGAUAAAUCAACCAACACUGAGCCAGAAAGAGAGACGAAUACCAAUAAAAUGGAAGUAGACAUGAAACCAAAUGAUAUUGUCCUCAAAAAAUGGAGGGAUACACAGUCGGUAGUCUCAUAUGAAUUGGCAAAGAAGGUUGUUAUUAAUUCUUUAAAAGAAAAAUUUAGUUCUUGUGUUGAUGUCGAUAAAGUUGUUUAUAGCAGAGAUAGAAUUGCGGAUGUCGAAGAGACAUCAAAUUCGAAUGUAAAUCACGUGGAAGAUGGGCGAGGGAAAAGGAAAGUUAUUUCGUGGGAUCAUAGGGUAGGUUUUUGUGACGAUCAUGUAGGUGGUGUGUGUCACGCGAAGUUUCAGGGGCCAGGUGGUGCGAUGGCACAGUGGAAAGCUGGUGCUCGCGGUGGUAAGGCGGGCGCGGCGGGCGGACUACGCGGGGUAUCUGACGAAAUGCCGGUGAGU